AUGGGUGAAGGUGGCGUCUUAGCGGGUGUUAUACCCACAGUGUAUAAUCCUGAAAAUCCUAUACCACUUUUUAUUAUUCAGGUCGUAUUGAUAAUUACUUUUACACGUCUUCUUAAUGUGGCAUUAUCUCGUUUCCGUCAACCUCGUGUUAUUUCCGAAGUCAUUGGUGGGAUUAUUCUUGGUCCUUCAGUAUUUGGUCAAAUUCCUGGUUAUAUGAAUACUAUUUUCCCCGAAGAAUCUAAAGCUAUACUUCAUCUUACGGCAACGUUGGGUUUGGUUUUCUUCCUAUUUAUCAUCGGAGUUGAGAUGAACCCAAAAGCGAUAAUUAAAAAUGCAAGGGCUGCCAUCAGCAUUUCGGCUGGUGGUAUUAUCACAUGUUUCGCUUUGGGAUCUGCCGUAGGUUUCGGAUUAUAUUCUCAAUUCACUGAUAAAACUGCAAAAUUUUCAAGUUUUAUAUUAUUUAUUGGCGUAGCGAUGUCAAUUACUGCUUUCCCCGUCCUUGCUCGUAUUUUAUCAGAACUCCAAUUAAUUCGUUCUCCGGUAGGAAUAGCAGCAUUAACCGCUAGCGUUAAUGACGAUGUGGUCUCGUGGAUUCUAUUGGCAUUGGUCGUUUCUUUGAUUAAUUCGACAAAUAACCUUACGGCUCUCUAUGUUUUUUUGCUCUGCUUUGCCUGGGUUUUGGUGGUUGUCUUUAUUGUUCGUCCAAUAUUACUCAGAUUUAUUGUUAAAACUGGUAGCAAUGAUAAUGGUCCUACCGUUACCAUGAUGGCUAUUACAUUGGGUUCUGUACUCAUUUCUUCUUUCGUGACUAAUAUUAUUGGUGUUCAUGCAAUCUUUGGUGGUUUCAUCAUGGGUGUUAUCAUACCACAUGAAGGCGGAUUCGCUGUUGGAAUCACAGAAAAAAUUGAGGAUUUGGUCAACGUUUUAUUUUUACCUAUCUAUUUUACUCUCUCAGGAUUGAAAACCAAUUUGAGUUUAUUAAAUGAUGGAAAAGUCUGGCUUUGGGUUUUUAUAGUUAUCACAUGUGCAAUGAUGGGUAAGAUUGUUGGAGCCGGUCUCAUGGCAAGAUUUAAUGGAUAUAAAUGGAGGGAAGCUUUGACGAUUGGAGUUUUUAUGAGUUGCAAAGGUCUUGUAGAAUUGAUCGUACUUAACAUCGGAUUUGAUGCUGGAGUUAUUAAUGAUAGGAUCUUCGUUAUUAUGGUUACAAUGGCUAUCUUUACAACAUUCACAACAUCUCCGUUGGCUACUUGGAUUUACUCAAGUGAAUAUCAAAAAGCGAUGGAGAUGAAGAGGAUCGAACAAGAACCAUCAGUUGAUGAAAGAACUCUCACAGUUUCUCGUGAAUCUGCAGAUACUUUGUUCGAUAAGCACAGGAAACUAUUGGUUGUACUGAACAAGGCUGAAUGGUUGCCAGCCAUAAUGACCUUGAUACAAUUGUUACAACCUCCACCUACAUCAACUGUUGGUAGAAAAGAAAAUGAAAGACAAGAAAUUGGUUCAUCCACUUCACCACAAAUCACUUCACCAACCGUAGUAGAGCAAAGUAGUAAUCAAUCAUUUAUCGUCCAUGCGUUGAGAAUUAUUGAACUUACACAACGUCUUUCAACUGUGAUGAAAUUCAAUGAAACCGAAGAAACAACGUUGCAUGAUCCAAUCAUGAACAUAUUCCGUAUGUUCGGUUAUUUGAACUUCGUUUAUAUCAAAGCCAAUCUAUCGGUUGUUCCUAUUCAAUACUUUGCUCAAGAAGUUGCUGAAAAUAUUAAAGAUACAGGUUCCGAUAUGGUUAUCAUACCGUGGAAUGGUGCGGGUGCCAUUAUUGAUGAUCCCGCUAAUCCUAUUGAAGAAAGACUUGGAUAUAGGGAAAAGAAAGACACAAGUCCACAAGUUGCUCAGUUUGUUCAUGGAGUUUUCGAUGAAGUCGAUGUGACUGUCGGCUUUUUAAUUGAUAGAGGACUUGGAGUGGACAUCCCAAGGUCAUAUCAUAGUUCUUCAAAUGGGAUAUCUAUAAAUGUUUAUCUUCCCUACUUUGGAGGAGUUGAUGAUAGAGAAGCUUUAUCGUUUGUCGUUAGAUUAUUAAAUCAUCCGCAUGUUACUGUAACUGUAGAGCGAAUAAGGAAAUCAAAUGAACCUACAGAUAAUGAUACUACGUUAAAGAGGACAGAUUCAUUAGAAAACAAGUUAAAUGUUAAGGAUGAUUUCGAAAGUGUUAUACAACGACCACCUCUUGCACAUCAAAUUUCAACAGCUUCAACGUAUAUUCUUAAUUCAAACUUGGAUCGGCAAAUAUCUGAUGAAGCUGAUGAUUCAUUAUUGUCAGAAUUAUUCAAUGUAAGAACUGGCUUAUUAAUAAACAAUUCCAGGAUUAUUUAUCAAGAAAUUUCUUCUGGGACACCUCUACAAACAGCUGUUGAACAUGGCAAGGGAUUGGUUACAAAGAAAGAUUUGGUAGUAGUAGGUCGUGGACGCCGCGAUGCGAUUGUAAAUCAUCGAGAAGAAUUUAUAGAGGUGUUGAAGAAUUUAGGGAUGAGUUAUGGAAAUAACACAAGGAAAUGUUUAGGUGAUUUAGCUGAAGCUUUUCUUGUUAGUCAAAUUUCAUCUAGUGUGCUGGUUAUACAAGGUAGCAAAAAGAAUAUAUAA